CCGCGACACCUCCUCGGGGACGCCCCAGGCCCGUCGCGGCCUAGCCCAGCGGCCGAGCCGGGGACUGGAGUAGCGGCCGCAGCCGCCCCCGGGAAGGGGCUGGAGCGGGCCGAAGAAGGAAGGCGGGCGGGAGCUGUUCAAAUGGGGAAGGCGGGAAAGCUGCGGGGCCGGGAGGGGGCGUGCGGCCGCCCCGGGGGCCUGCGGGCCGGGGCCGCCCCUCCCCCUGCCCGGACCGUCUCCGCCCUCGGGGGCGCCGUGCGGCCGCCGGGGACGCGGGAAGCCGCGUCUGGGCAGAGUUGCAGCUUCGGACGCGGGAUGCGGGGGUCCCUGGGGCUGUCAGGGGGACAGGGCUCCGCGGCCGCGCCGACGGGAGGGCUGGGGCCUCGGCUGGCAGGAGAGGAUACGGGGAGCUUUCUUUUUUUCCUCUUCACAGAGCUUUGUCGAACUAGCUGUUGCUGCAAAACUGCCGGGAGAAUCCCAUUGGUUUGCCGUGGGGGCCAUAAAAAUGGUGGUCCUGGGGACUGUUUGUGUAAAUAACCUGGUAUUGUGUGUAUUCUUUGCGUGCGGUCCAGUUUGAACGUACCUUCGUAGUGGGAUUCGUUUCCAUACAGGCCCAUCUUCUUUCCACAACUACUACUUGUAGAUUCACUUUAUAUCGUGCGAAAAAGGAGAAAAUUUCCCUCCCUUCUUUCUGAUGGCUAAACUGGUGGCUGAUUAUAUUCCCUCAUAGCAGAAUAAAUAAAAAAAACUUUAUCCCAAAUAAAGCCUGUUGAUUGGACAAGGCUUGUCAAGAUUUCUGUUGCUGGUCUAUGGAAAUGUGUGUUGUCAGCCGAUCUGUGCGGUGGUCGUGGUUCCGCUUAAUUGCACUGCAAUGAGAGGAUUCAAUCCCCAUCCCAGGCUGUCGGGAUCCCUGCAGCUUCCAGAGCUGGCAGGGGCUGUGAGUGCUGCACAUAGGUAGGUCCCUGGAGAAGGGAGUGGCAAGAGAAUUCGGAGUCGCUGUGUUCAGAGAUUGGAGGAAACCUCAAGAAAAUUGAGAAGACAUCGCAUCACCUGCUCAAAUACUAGAAGUAACAAUAACAACAAAAUUUCAGAAACUGGCAACAGCUGGAUGUGCGUCUUCCUUUACCUGCACUGACGGGCAGUUUGAGUUCUUGAAAGGCAUGCAGGAAGAAGAGAACUUGGAAUCUUGGGCAAAGCUGUCAUCCUGGACUAGACUUGGAUUUCAGGGUUUCUCUUGUUGCCCACUUUAUGAGACUUAGUUUGUUUCCUUUUUUUCAAUACUUAUUUACAUUAUUGGAUGAAGAAGAUUGUUAAUGAUUGCUACAGCUCAGAUUACCUCAAAAAACCACCUUCUGAAACUUUUUUCAGUAUAGAGUUCAAAGUACUCUAUUUGAUAAUUUUAGAUCAUCAGAUCCCUAAUUGCUUUGAUCACCCUGAAGGCCUAUGCCUUAACAUAACUUGUAUAUUUAUCUACAAGUGCAAAAGGAACUCUGCCUCCCCUUUUUCGUAUCCUGAAGAAAAAUCCCAGAAGAACCAGUUAACAGUUUGCACAUUUGAUAGGUAUACAUUUUUAUGAUGCAUAUUUCUUCCACGAACAAUAUUAAAUAAUGAACUUUUAAUAAUGUUGUCAUAUCUUAGCACAUUGAGACAGACAAAAUUAUCCCUGCCUCUUGAAAUUGACAACAUUGAAUUUUAUCAACUCCAAAAUUAUGGAAUUCAGAAUGGGUUUAACACCUGUUUUACAUUUGCCAACAUUUGAUGUCAUUAUGACCUCUGUUUUUUAACAUGAAAAUCAAACCUGAUAUUUUUCAUUUUCAUUAAUCCUCAUAAUCUGCUUCCUACCCCUGAAUUCUGAAUUUAUCGUGGAUAAUAUUCAAGACCUAGAAGGAAUAUCAGGAGUUCAUCUGAUCUUUUAUAAAUGUUGCCUAAAUUCUGCCUUUCUUUCACACUGUUGCUUGAGACUUCUUUACCUGGUAUCAUCUUUGUUCUAUGAGUCAGCAACUAAAACUAACCCCUGAACUGCAAUAAUACCCUGAUUUUAAAGAACCUAGAAAUUCGGAGCCCGUCAGUUUGCCCAAGCUAUGAUAUAGUCCAUUGUGUUUAAUUUUAGUUUUUCAAGCUCUCGGCUGCCCCAGUUCUUUAGUGAAUUGGACUAAUCUUGAAGCCUCAUUCGUUUUUUUUCUUCAGGUUGUUUAAUCCUGUAAUUUAUAGACUGCUCUUCAGUGUUUUUAAGAAAAUUGGAACAGUAGUGAGCCUAACUCUAAUACAUAAUGCUAACACCAGCACAUUUUCUGUGUUGGCUUGUGCUUCUGAGGAGCAGUUCAUAAUUUUCUAUUCUCUCUCACAACUUUUUAAAUCCACUAUUUGUUUUUUAAAGCAGUCAGUUAUGAGACCAUGAGUGCUUUUCCAUAAUAUAGUAAGUCACAGUCAUUUUCUUUCUUAUACUGUGUUCAGAGGGACUUAUUUCUAUUCUGUUAAAUUGCUUAGCUCUGUUUUAUGUUGGUUUUGAUGUUACCACAGGGAAGCCCUGCUUAUAAGUCUCAGGACCUGUCUUUGCUUACAUUUAAAAGUGCAUUUUGUUGUUGUCAACAGAUCAAUGGCUAUAUUUAUGACACUGAAUUUUUAAGAUUUUUGCCAUUAUUUCUCAAACAUUCUUUGCCAAAAUUCAUUUGGCACGAAAAGCAUUUGACUUGAGGUCUCUAGUUGUGGUAGUUCUUGGCAUUAUCAAUCUAUGAAAACCAACAUAAUCUGUAUGUUUUUCUUAUUAACUCAAUAUUUUAGUACCAGUGAAAAGAUAAAACUGUUUUCAAAUGAAUGAAUAUAAUUCCCUAUAUGACAGUCCCCUUCCCCUGCCUGCACCCCUUUUAGAGUUAGCACCACUUGAGUGGAAAGGGGAGAACAGCAGUUUCCAUUUAAGACAGUUAAAUGCUGGGACUUGAAAACUGGCUACAUUAUGUAUCUUGCCUCCUCGUGUUUUUACCUGGGGCCUGACUUUAUAUCCCCGUUGUGUCCUAUGAAAAAGCCCUUGAGCAGGCACUUCUCCAUUUACCUUUAAAAUAAUCCAGUUAAUGUAGUUUCUUUACUUUAUUCUAGCUUCUCUUACCUUGACCAAGGCCAUUCUUCAUUUCACUUCUCAGGAACCUGGAGAAAUGCUUUUUUAAUGUUUCUUUUCUUAAUUCUUACUUGUAAAUUAUUCUCGGUGAUACUACUUUUUCUUUUUUCAACUCAGACCUACCUGUGCAUUGCAUUUUAUCUGAUUCGUGCGAAUAAGUCUUUGCUUUUUGUUUUUUUAAAUGUAACUGUUAUUAUGAAAGUUUCCCUUGUUAAUCAAAUUCAUGUUUUCUUUCACAAAAGUUUCAUACUUCAGUACUGUCCACACAUACCUGAAGGGAUUAGUAAUGUAUAAUUACAGUGUCCUUCAGUAUUUCUAAAUCCCAUUAUAAUAAUGACGGUAAAAUAAAACUAAGUGACCAAUCAGAUUAUCUUUUAAGCAUAUAACUAACUGGAUGAGAACAUUUCCAAAAUAUUUAAUAUGUAAUUUUUAAAGUUCCUGCAGAACUUGUGACAUUGCUUGUCCAUAAAGUAUUUGAAGAACUUUACAGUGCAGUUUCCUAUAGCAUUGUCAUCUUCAAAGUCAAAGUUUACAAAAGACAUGUAAACUUGAAUGCCAAAUAAUUUUUCUAAUUUUAAUACAUUAUUUAGGAUAUUUAAAUUAUAAUACUUCUUAUUUUCAAAGAGCUUAAUAAUCAUAAAAAUUUCAUAACCAAUGAAAAAUGAUAAUUUUCUCUGUUUUUACCUGGCCUUUAAGAAAGGCUUGUUAGUGGUGAAAGCAGAGUACUAACUUACAAACUAAUGUAAGCAGUGUAUCUAUUUUUAUAAUUCUAUAAAUUUAAGUAAGUUCUUAUAGCCAAACAAAAUACAUACAAAAGAAAUUAUGCUGUAAAGUCUUAAUAUCCGUUUGCUGUUAUCAACAUUUUUGUUUAAACUGCAAUGUAAUAGAUUUUAUCAUUUCACCAGUCAAAUUGGUAGGAUUUUGUGGUCUUCAAGUGUUUGGUGUAAUCUGUCUUCCUCUACAUCUUGCUUUACCUUUGCAUUUUGUAACCGUGGUUGAAUGAACCUAUCCCUCUGACUUAAUGUCAGUUUUUACCUAGUCCUGUUGGCAUUUCAGAAAUUCUCAUUAAUUUUGAAAAUAUUUUUUAUAUAGGAGGUAUUUUAUAUACUUCCCCAAAUGACAACCUUAAUUCAUGACUGAAAUCUAAUUAAGCCUAGCAUACUUCCUGCAGUUUCAACCCCAAUAUAUUUACAAACAGAAUGAGGAGGUGACAAGAUACUCCUCUAUUUCUUGCUGCCUUUCCAGUCGGCCCUUGGAUCACUACGCAUUUUCAUCUGGAAGGUUGCUUCUCCACAGUGAUUUCGCAUUACAGGAGGGUUUUCCUUCUUUGUUUCUCAGACCUGGUCCUGUAGACGGGAAGGAGCCUGGACACAGUGACACAUUCUCAAAGGCCUUGCAGGACCACCAUGGCUUAUGAUGACUCCGUGAAGAAAGAAGAUUGCUUUGAUGGUGAUCACACCUUUGAGGACAUAGGACUUGCAGCUGGCCGAAGCCAACGAGAAAAGAAACGUUCUUAUAAAGAUUUUUUAAGGGAAGAGGAAGAAAUUGCUGCUCAGGUCAGGAAUUCUUCCAAGAAGAAGUUAAAGGAUAGUGAAUUUUACUUCUUGGGGACGGACACGCACAAGAAGAAGAGGAAGCACUCCUCUGAUGAUUAUUACUAUGGAGGACAGUGGUUCUUGUUCUGAGUGCCGGUAAACCAGUGUGAAGGAGGAGAGAGGUGGAGGGCUGGUAUUUUGGAGGAUUCAGCAUAGAAGAACAGUCUUCAUUUGUGAUACACCAGACAUUUCGUCUUUGGAGUCGUCACAGAAGAAAAAGAAAAAGUCCAGCCCACAACCUACUGAUACAGCCAUGGACCUAUUAAGAGCUAUCACUUCCCCACUGGCACCUGGCUCCAAAUCCUCCAAAAAGACAGGGGAGAAAUCCUCCAGCUCUUCAAGCCAUUCGGAGAGUAGAAAGGAACACCACAGAAAGAAAGUAAGCGGAAGCAGUGGGGAACUAUCCCUGGAGGAUGGUGGCUCCCACAAAUCCAAAAAAAUGAAACCGCUCUAUGUGAACACAGAGACACUGACCCUUCGAGAGCCUGAUGGUUUAAAGAUGAAACUUAUUCUUUCACCAAAGGAGAAGGGAAGCAGCUCAGUUGAUGAGGAGUCUUUUCAACAUCCCUCUCAACAAGCGACUGUGAAAAGAUGCUCAAAGAAAUCAGCUCGGGAUGAGCAAGGUGCUUUACUCCUAGGACACGAGCUACAGAGCUUUCUGAGAACAGCCCGGAAAAAGCACAAGUCAUCCUCAGACCCACGUUCAUCCCCUGGCCCUGAAGGCUGUGGGUCUGACGCCUCCCAGUUCCCAGAAUCCCACAGUGCUAACCUUGACUUUUCAGGGCUUGAGCCUAUUCUAGUAGAAUCAGACUCAUCCUCUGGUGGGGAACUAGAGGCUGGGGAGUUAGUGAUAGAUGAUUCUUACCGGGAAAUCAAGAAGAAAAAGAAGUCAAAGAAGAGCAAAAAGAAAAAGGACAAGGAAAAACACAAAGAGAAGCGACACUCCAAGUCCAAGAGAAGUUCAGGACUUUCUGCCACAGCAGCAGCUGGGGGAGAGGUCACAAUGACACCUGCCCCUCCUCCAGCCAUCCCAUAUGCUGGAACGCCUGCCCCUCCCCCUCCACUUCCUGCCCUCCACACUGACGGGCAUAGUGAGAAGAAAAAGAAGAAAGAAGAGAAGGACAAAGAGCGAGAGAGGGGAGAAAAGCCAAAAAAGAAGAAUAUGUCGGCCUACCAGGUGUUCUGUAAAGAGUAUCGUGUAACCAUUGUGGCUGACCAUCCAGGUAUAGAUUUUGGUGAACUUAGUAAAAAACUGGCUGAGGUGUGGAAGCAAUUGCCAGAAAAGGACAAACUGAUUUGGAAGCAAAAAGCUCAGUAUCUGCAGCACAAACAGAACAAAGCAGAAGCGACAACUGUGAAAAGAAAAGCAUCCAGUUCAGAAGGUUCUAUAAAACUAAAAGCUUCUUCUGCAGGAGUACUGUCACCCCAGAAGAAGUCCCCACCCACCACCAUGCUGUUACCAGCCUCGCCAGCCAAAGCGCCCGAGACAGAGCCCAUUGAUGUUGCUGCUCAUCUUCAGCUGUUGGGAGAGUCUCUAAGCCUCAUCGGUCACCGCCUGCAGGAAACUGAGGGCAUGGUGGCUGUGUCUGGUAGUCUGUCAGUGCUUCUGGAUUCCAUCAUCUGUGCCCUUGGCCCCUUGGCGUGUCUGACCACACAACUACCUGAAUUGAAUGGCUGUCCCAAGCAGGUCUUGUCAAACACACUAGACAACAUUGCUUACAUCAUGCCUGGACUGUGACAGCAAAGACUCCCAAGACAGAAACCUUAUCCUACACCAUUGCUGGUUUGUGUAUAUAUGACUGUUCCGGAUCCCUUCACUGGCCUCUGGGUGUAGGUUUUAAAUUUUUAUACCUAUAUAUAUAUAUAUAUAUAUAAUGUACAAUAUAUACAUAGGACUGUAAUUACUUUGCUUUGAAUAAUUUUAUGAAAUGGUAAAGGUUUAGCUAAGAGGAAACUUCAGCAUGAAUAUGGGCCUGGGAUUCUUUUUUCCUGUGGUGGAUAAAUCUGCCUUAAAAAUCAAUGUAACGUGGGGGCUGGGGGCUUGUUCUAGGUGCCAAGUGCAUCUCUUUAUGGACAGCUAAAAUGUGAUUAUUUUUCCAAACUCAGCUGGACCUCCAGACCCGUCACUGACCAUUUGCCUUACCUGUCUUACAGUUAAUGGGAAAGAUUAUGGAAGGAUGCCAGUUGACUGAAAAUACACAGCUUUUCUAUUUGAAGUGACCUAGGUAGGAGGUGAUAAAGUCAUUCCCAUGAUAGUUAUUGAGAUGACUUAGGUGAACUGAGUAGAGAGUUUAUUCUGAUGCCUAUUAUACAGGUGUCCACGUCUCAAACUUUAUUGUAAUCAUUGGUAGCCUCAAUAGAGGCCAAGGAGUUAUGCGAGCCCUGGCAGCAGAAAAUACCUUGAAAUGGGUAAAGUUGUCAGUGCCACCAGUUGAACCUACAUAUAUUCUGAGCUGACCCAGAAUAUUUGGUCUGCCACACCAAAAGCUGGUAUCUUUCACUGGCAGCAUUAAGUUUGCCACCAAGUUUUUACAUGCUGCUGCUUAGUUGCUUGGUUGUUGUGGAUAAACUUUGCCCGGCACUAUUCUUGGGUUCAUCUUAUGGGUUCCCCUGGUGGGCAGAUACACAGUGUUCUGCAUUCCACAUUUAAGUGAAUUGCAAAAAAAAGUACUCAGUUCUCAUGUAGGUUUAUUUAUGUGUGCGUGUGAAUGUGUAUUUCAAUUAUGUGUAUUUAACUCUUUAAAAAUCUCUUAGAUUUUAAUUUAUCCUGUAAAUUUCUGUAUAUAUAAUUUAAUAACAAAAGCCUCCACCAGCAACAGCAUGUGGAAGAUACAGAUUUGUCAUUUCUCCCUUCCUUCCUCUGGUCUGUUCUGAAAACUCUAAAUCAUCUACAUAUUAAGGUAUCAAAAGUAAUCAUUAUAUUAGGAUUCUAAUUCUUUAUAAAGAAUUUCAUGGCCUUCAAUAAUGUCAAGAAAGUAAAAUAAAAAGGAAUGUUACCAUUCCCAGCUGCCCUUAUUUCCAAAGAACCUGACUUUUGAUUCCCAGUUGGAAAGGAGACAGUUGAGUACUUCAGGGUUGUUUUUAAAUUUCGUGUGAGAUUCCCUACCAAAACCAAGCUCUGGGAUAACUGUGCUUUCUUCUCCUGGCCUCAACAGAGCACUACAGCAUCAAAGAAAAUCUCUGGGGACAGGGCAGCCAGCCUGCGUCCUAUUUUACUCCUUCCCUUCUCCCACCAGUGUUGUCACAGGGCUGUGCUGCUUAAAGGUAUUCUGGCUGCUGAAUCCCUGUCUCAGCUCAGAGCAGUUUUGAGAUUUAAUUGGGGAAACAGAAGGAAAUGGGAAUGUUUGGAAACCAAAAUCAAGAAGAGCAGAAAUCUUAGCUUGAUUUCACGUGUUAGUACCUUGUACCAUGCCUCAUUUGUACCCCUGGGAGUUUCCUGUUUGAUACUGGGGUAGCUAGUGUGGGUCUGGAAGACAUGAACAGUACAGGAAGAAGUCAGUCCUACCAUUGUCAUUUGUAUACAUUAAUGAAAUCCUGAUGAGGACCUGCUUUUUGUUUGUUUGUUUUCCUUUGAAACCCAGCCCUAUUGUAUUUGUAUUUAAAUUUGUACACAUUUGUAUGAUAAUAUGUACCUUGUGGUAUUUGGUACUAUUAGAGGAAAAACUUUGGAUUCAGACCUUCUUGCAGUUUUUGUAUCAUUGUUUUAUUUUGUUUUUUAAAUAAAUUCUAGUGGUUUGAUCCAAAUCCCAUUACAGUUGUAUAAAGAAAUAAAAUUUUGUACUUAUAUUAUUAAAAAUCACCUUUUUAAUAUUUGUA